GCGAAAAGUCUGCUACAAUGCCUGCCACACUCAAAACAAUCAUCUCUAAAAAUUGGAAAGUUGAAAUUCGUUCCUUAAAGAAAACCAUAGCUGAAAUAGUAAUUGUAAUCGUUUGUUUUUUAAUUGUUGUUUUAUUUCCCUCAAACCCGACGGAACCACAAGAUUUGACUGAGGAUGAGCAUGGAAAACUUGUGAUUCAUGAUGAACAAAAUCUGGAUAAUCUGGAAAUUUUGAAGACUUUAUUGGGUGCCGCUGGAGAACCAGUUCCAGUAAAACUUGUAUAUAGUCCAGAAGAAACGACGGCUACCAAUUUAAUGAAGGGUGUUGCGAGCAGUUUGGCAUUAUCGGAACCAAAGGCAUAUAAAACUGAAAGUGCAAUGAUGCACAGAUUCCAAAGCAAUAAGUCACUAGCAGCUAUUGAACUCACUUCAACAACUCCAUCUUGUCUAAAUGUUACCAUACAUUUCCCGAAUGAGUUUCGUACAACAGGACCAGAUCAUGACGGUGAAAAAUUGUGGGCCACUCGAUGUAGCGGUAUAAUUUUGAAGGACGCAAGCAACAGGGAAAACCAUAUGCAAGUUGAUUUAUAUAUACGAGAAGGAUUCCUUCAGUUACAACAUCACAUCUUUCUGGAAUGGCUAGCACAGGUGCAUAAAAAAGAUACAAGUGCUAUAAAGGUUUCAAUUCGUUCGUUUCAACAACACACCAAAUUUAAAACGUGUACCAGAGCGGUCGAUACUAAUAUUUUGAUGUUUCUUUACAAUUUCACCUUCUUUUUGCCAUUUCUAAAUUUGCUUUGGACAUAUGGACGCGAGCGAGAAGAAAAUAUUUUAGCUCAUCAUUGGCGUUAUGGAUUUGAUUAUGCGAAAUAUUGGAUGGGCCGCGGUAUUGUUUCUUUUAUGCACUUGUUGAUCUUGGAUGUACUCAUAGUCACUUUGGUAUCGCUUCCACUUGAGGGUAAAUUCUCCGGUUCAUCACUGCUACUGGCCCUCUUUCUAAUAGUUUACAACAUAGCGCUCUUGAUUUCUGUCGUCUUUUUGGUGUCAGUUUCAAAUAAGGCUUCGCACACUGUACUAUUUGGUGCCACGAUUUGGUUGACCAUGUUCUCGCUAUUUUCGAUUUUAGUGGAACAUCAUAGAAGUAUGGACCCGAUCUUGUCCAUUUGUUUCAUUGGGUUUUUCAACAAUGGAUUUGCGUAUGGAAUGCGCGCAUUACAAAGUGGGGAUGAAUCUUUAUAUCCCACUUUCACCAUGGCCGGAAGCUGCCUCUUUUAUUGGAUACUAAUCUCGUUAGCUGAGUAUUUCAAUCCGGGGCCUUAUAUCAAAACUUUGCCAUUUUCUUUAUGUUUCUCUGGCUAUUGCCUUACCACAAUGAAUAAACCAGCCAAGAAAUCAAAAAAUAGUUUAACACCUGAAAAAAGGUUAGUUUGGCAAGAUUCUGAAUUUGGAUCUUUAAGUUCUGUUGAAUUCAUACGUUUAAAAAAUGUGCAUACGACAUAUAGUUCAGGAAGAGUGCAUUUGAAAAAUAUUACAAUGCGUAUUUAUGGUAACGAGAUCACAGUCAUAUUGGGACCACAUUGCUCUGGCAAAACGGCAAUUAUUCAACUACUGGCAGGUUGGAACCGACCAGUUCUUGGACGAGUACAAAUUAACAAUGAAGAUUUGUAUGAAUGUUGGAAUAAAUACCGUCAACAAAUAGACGUUUGCAUGCCCAACAAUGCAUUAUUUGAUUUGCUAACUGUCGAGGAGACUUUAAUUUACUAUAUGCAUAUUAAGCUUUCGAAAAAAGACAAUGAAAAAAUCAACAUGGAAUUGGAUAAUUUUUUUGAAUCGGUUAGAUCAACUCGAAUAGAACGGAAAUUAUUGGUAAAGAAUUUAACAUUUAGUCAAAAACGUUUGCUUAGCUUGGGUUGUGUACUUGCUGGAGGAACAAAAAUCAUAUUACUUGAUGAACCUACACUUCAUAUGAAAAGCAAAGAGCGACGCAUAUUCUGGAAUAUUUUGCAUAAGGAAAAAGCCGAUCGCGCUAUUGUAUUGACUACUUUCGAUGUAAAUGAAGCCGAUGGUGUUGGUGAUCGCAUUGCGAUGCUCGGAGGAGGCGCUCUCCAAUCAUAUGGCACACCUUUUUUUCUCAAAAAUAAAUUUGGUGUGGGUUGCGAUUUGAUAAUAGUUAAAUUACCAACAACAUCCACAGAAGCGAUAACCGAGCUAAUUGCUAAAUUUAUACCAGGAAUAAUGCCAGAAAAUGAAAUUGGUGAACUGCUAUACUAUAAACUACCAAUCAUUAUGCGUCCGAAAUUUCAAAAUAUGUUGAUACAUUUAGAAAAAGAACAACGCAAUUUGGGAAUAGUUGAUUUGCGAGCACUUAGUAGCGAACUAGCUGAAGUUUACAUGUCAAUGGGAAUUAGACACACCAAACAAGUCAUUAGUGACGAAAAACUAAAAUAUAAAUUUGUUCCUCCUAACAAACUCGGUCGGCAACAAACUUAUGCUUUAUUAAACAAAAAACUAAUACAUCAAGUACCAAAUUAUAUUCCCCUCAUAACGAUUGCUGUGUCAUUCCUCUUUAUCAUCUUAAUUGCGAUAAUGGCUAAACAUAGUCUGCGUUUGCCAACAGGGCGAUACAAUCCGAUAAAUUUGGGUGCUACAAAAGAUCUUAAUUUAGACACGAUAAAAGACUGUAAAAAUAUUCAAAUUAAGAGUGUCAUCAAGAGCAAAACUUAUGGUGAAAAGUCAAUGAAAUUCGAUGAAAAAUCACUUGACUGCUUAGAUACACAUUACGGGCAGCUCUUAAAAGAAUCAAGAAGUGUAACAGACAAAUUUGGUGCAGUGGAAGUUAAAGGCGACACAUACACAUGUUGGAUUAAUCAACGUAUAUUUCAUUCAGCUCCAGUAGUUCUGAAUUUAAUGCAUAAUAUUUACCUUGCCAAGGAGAUAACCGAUAGAUCCAUAACCACCAUUCAGAACCAUCCAGAACACACUCCAUUAUGGGCCAAAAUUCAUAUGAUUGACCAACAGAAGACUCAUUUACUAUUACCAAUGGUCUUAGGUAUUGCUAUACCGAUCUCAAUUGCUUGUUUUAUUGUAUCACUGGUGGAAGAACGCAAAUAUCACUUGCUGACAUUACAAAAAAUAGCCGGUGUCGGCAUGGCACGCUAUUGGUGUAUCAACUUUAUGUGGGAUUACAUAACUUUCUUCUCAUAUAUUGGCAUAUACACAAUCAUACUCGCAUUAUCGCCUGUCGAGGGAUACUCUUUCUCAGACAAAUUAUAUGCAAUGUUACUAAUGACUAUCUAUGGCAUACCGGGAUUGGGCUUAAUAUAUGUUCUAUCUUUAUACUUUUAUUGGACAAUGUGGUCCGCAUUUUUAAUAGCAGUUAUAAUACAAAUUGUGACAGGCAUAUUUUCGUACAUUAUAUAUUGGGACGUUUUGGCAAACAAUGAAAUAUUUUUUUAUAUUUGGUCAAUAUUUCCCACAUUUUCGCUAAUGGAAGGUAUAAGCAAUGUAUAUACCCAAACCAAGGAAGAACUAUAUUGCGACCAAGCAUGUGAGGAGGAUGAUGACUGUUAUAUGAACGAUAUUUGCGCUUAUCUGUCGCAAUGUUGUCUGAAAACUAUUUUCAAAUUUGAAAAUCCAGGAAUUUUUGGAGCAAUUUGUUAUAUGCUGAUUUCUGCUUUAUUUCUGUUUAUUGCGCUUUAUCUUAUCGAAUCAAGGAGAGCUCGUAAAAGAUUUGCAUCGAAAAGAGAUGUAAAAACUCUUCAUUCCAAAACAUACCCUUACGAUGAUCGCGAUGUAAUGGAGUUAAAGCAAUUUGUUGCCCAUCAGAAUAUGCAAAGCAGUCUUAAACAACGUUUUAUGGUUGAUCAAUUGGAAUAUAAAAUACCGAAAAAAGAGAACUCGUUGAACACAAUUUCAUUUUUAGCUGAAGAGGGUCAAUGCCUGGCUAUAUAUGGCACACAUCAUUGUGGUAAAUCUUUUGUGGCGGGACAGCUUAUUGGGGAAAACAAAUUCGCCUUUGGUGAUAUUUUCGCUGAUGGAACCGAAAUGAAAUGUGAACUUAAAAAAUCCCUUGCAAAAAUGUCAUUUGUGCCGCAAGACCACGGUCUAUGGAUAACCUUUACGCCACGUGAGAUUUUACGUUUCUUUUGCAUGCUGCGCGGCAUUGAAGAGAAAGAUAUCAAAGGAGUGUUGCGCGAUCUUUCCAAUUCCUUCAUUAUGAGUUCUUUUAUGGAUACGAAAAUCCGUCUUCUUAGCGUUGAUCGCCGUCGCAAAAUUAGCAUAGCACUCGCAAUGAUUGCACAACCAACAGUUAUAGUACUGGACGAACCCACCCGUGGACUUGGACCACAAGCUCGCCGUGAAAUAUGGAAUGUUCUGCGCUUUAAGCGUUUCUUAGGCAAAACCCUUGUGUUCACAACAUCGAACGCGAAUGAGUUGGAGGCAUUAUCCGAUCGUGUCCUUAUCUAUAACGAGGGCGAGAUGUGGGCAAUUGGUAAUGUUCAAUACCUCCGAAGUAGAUAUACAAGAGGCUUCUACUUAUAUGUGAAAUUGAAUAUUGAUGGAACAACAGCUGAAGAAGCCAAAGAGAAUUUGUAUAAGGAUUCCGAAAAUUUAGUUCGCUUUGUGACCUUCUUGCAUGAAGAAUCGGAAUUACAGAUACGCAUCGAUGAUUUCUUCAAAUUUUAUUUGCCAGUUCCAAUUGUUAGUUACUCGUUUUUGUAUGGUUCCAUGGAGAAAAACAAGCGACGCUUGAAUAUUGCCGAUUAUAGCAUCAACCAGGGUACCCUUCAGGAUGUUCUCAAUUCAAUUGAAGAAAAUCGGAGUAAACAACAUGAUAGUAGCGCUUGAUUGCGUUUUCGGAUUUCCAUACGCUUCAUAAUAAUUCCAAAUGAAGUCUCUUAUAUGUGGCCAUAAACUCGUAGAUAGAAAUAUGAACAAUCUCAAAUUUGAAAUGUUUCAUAAAGGAAAAA